UUAGUGGAGCCUUCCAGGAGAUUCAAACAAGCAAACCUCUGUUCUCUGCUUACAACAGGCCUUCUCCUUUUCCACACAACUCACAGAAGCAGGAUGCGUUAUGUAAGUGCGUUGGGUCUCUUGGCGGCCCUGCUGCAUCUGUCUACGUCUCUGCUGCUGGGAGCCUUCAACAUCAAGUCUUUUGGAGACAAGAAAGCCUCCAACGCGACUCUCAUGAACAUCAUCAGCACGAUUGUCCAGCGCUAUGACAUCAUUCUGAUCCAGGAGGUCAGAGACAGCGAUCUGUCAGCAACCAAAAUGCUUAUGGAGCAUGUCAACAAAGGUUCUCCUCGGUUCAGGUACAGCCACAUAUUCAGCGAGCCUCUGGGUCGCAGCUCCUACAAGGAGAGAUAUCUCUUCCUCUACAGGGAGCAGACGGUGUCUGUGGCUAAAAACUACACCUACGACGACGGCUGCGAGCCCUGCGGGACGGACACCUUCAGCCGAGAGCCCUUCGUCGUCAUGUUCACCUCCAAACAAACCGCUAUGAGGAACUUUGUUCUGAUCCCCCAGCACACCUCUCCAGACUCCGCUAUAAAGGAGACCAAUGCCCUCUAUGAUGUGGUGACCGAUGUCCGAGCCCGCUGGAACACCAAUGACAUCGUGCUGCUGGGAGACUUCAACGCAGGCUGCUCUUACGUAUCGGGCUCCGACUGGCAGAAGAUCCGCCUCUUCACUGACAAGAGCUUCCAUUGGCUGAUCACUGACGAGGCUGACACGACGGUGUCACACACUAACUGCCCUUACGACAGGAUUGUGGUCACUGCUGACAUGAUGAAGGGAGUGGUGCCAGGCAGUGCUGCUGUCUACAACUACAUGGUGGACUUGAACCUCAGCCACAGUCUGGCAUUGGCUGUCAGCGACCAUUUCCCUGUCGAGGUGGAGCUGAUCAGCCAGGUGGCUGCUGCCUGAAUCUUGACUCCAACAAGUGUUGCAGCAACCUCCAGGCUGAACUGGAGUCAUGAGAGAUCAGUGGGGGAACUCUUUGCAAUCCUGCAGCAUUAAAUGUCCAAGAACAAAAUAAACAAAUCUUUCUGCAAUAUUAUUGAUAUUAUAGCUGUCAUUUAUUUAAAUGUUUGAAGCAGCACAAACAAAAGUCCAUUCACCUUUAUUGUAUUGUGAUGAAUGUUGCAUUGAAAACUAAAGCUAUUAGU